AAGAAAGAGAAAUAAAGAAAGAAGGAAAGAAAGAAAGAAAGAAAGAAAGAAAGAAAGAGGGUGAGAAGGAGUACGGGCAGUCGAUUACAGUGCCGAAACGAGUGAGAGCAGAGUGGAGCAUCUCCGACCAGUUUCGGAGGAGGUUGAAGGGGAGAGGGCCUUCGAGAACGUGAGCGCGCGCGCGCGCGCGCGACGUUCUCCCUACGAAAGAGAAAGAGAAAGAGAGAAAGAGAAAAGCGAAGACGGAGGAGGCGAAAGCCGAGUUUGAGUUUCGGUUUCGUUCGUUUCGCGCCUGCUCCGCCGAGCGGUCGGCGGCGGGAGUCGAGAGUGAGUGUGUAUGAGAGUGACAGAGUGAGUGAGAGAGAGAGAGAGAGAGAGAGAGAGAGUCGAGUAAUGGAGAAGGAGUGAGCGAGUGAGCGAGAGAGAGAAAGAGAGAGAGAGAGAGGGCGAACGCGCUCUGCUCCCAAUAACGACUCUCGCCCUCGGUCAGUCGCGCGCGAACCGCGGAGCCGCGAGCAUCUCCUCGUCUCUCUCGCUCCGCAGGCGGAGAGAUUCCGGCGUUUCUCUCUCUUAAGAGAGAGAGAGAGAGAGAGAGAGAGAGAGUGAGAGAGUGAGAGAGAGAGAGGGAACGGGAACACACGUGUGCAUGGUAAAGCGCAUUCGUUAAUAGCUGUCCUCUCGUUUUUUUUUUUUCUCUUAAAAAGUCUAUUUACGAUAUAUAUACAUAUAUAUGUAUACAUACAUACAUACAUAUAUACACACACACAUAUAUAUAUAUAUAUAUAUAUAUAUAUAUAUAUAUCAGAAAUUGAGAGAAAAAUUAUCUUUGAUUAAUACGCGUCAUAGUAAUCGAGUUCGAGGGUACGAGUGUAUACGGGUUUUCUGAAGAGGAUGAGAAGAGAGAGACAGAGGGAGGACGUACAAGAAGAAGAAGAAGAAGACGAAGAGGAGGAGGAGGAGGAAGAGAGAGUGCAUCGUACGUGGAUGUUACACAUUUGCUUCGAACGAAGAAUACAGCAUCGAGACGCGAAUGUCCGAUCGUUCCACGUAUUUCAGUGUUUCGUAAAAGUUUCUGUGUUUUUGAAAGGCGUCGACGAUCAACUAGCACGUUUUCCUCCGAUCGUUCAGAUCAACUCGAUCGAGAAGGUGUCUUAGCAAGAGCAAGAGAAACGAUUACUGCGAGAAAGAGGAAAAGGAAGGACGAAGGAGAAAAAGAAGAAGAAAAAGAAGAAAAAGGAAGAAGAAGAAGAACCGAGGACAAUGGCGGGUGAGGACACACAGAUUCUGGCGAAUGGCACCGUCGAGGCUCUCACGAUAAUACCAGCAAAGAUGGCCAAUGGGAACGGCCUUAUCUGUAGCAAGCAUAAUAACAAUGGCUCAAUACCAAAUGGGAAGCUACAUGAGAUCGGAGCUGCCGAGAAUGGGAAGCUGAUCGUUCCUGACGAAAAAUCGAGCAGCCUUCACACGGAAUUCGAUGACGCUGACGUUUCCUGUGGUUGGGGUCCAUUAAGACCUCAUUGGUUGCAAUAUUUUGCCACGAAGCAGGCCUUCUUAGUCACCUUUUGCAUUACCUGGGUCCUUCAAGGCAUGUACUAUACGUAUUUCGUCUCGGUAAUCACAACGAUCGAGAAGCUCUUCCAAAUCCAAUCGAAAACGACGGGUAUCAUAAUGUCUGCAACUGAAAUCGGCCAGAUCGGUUCGUCCCUUCUCUUAACGUACUACGGCGGCCAAGGUCACCGGCCUAAGUGGAUCGCCUGGGGCAUGAUCCUCUUUGCCGUGAGCUCCUUCACCUGCUCGAUGCCUCAUUUCAUCUUCGGCGAACAGCUGAUCCAGCAAAACGAGAUGCUUUUCAGCGGCGUCGGGCCUGCCGGGGAAUCAGAUGGACCUAACAAUACUGAUCCAGUUCCAGCAAAUCUCUGCAAGUUGCAUGAACGACCAGAGAACAAUACGCUCGAUGAAUGGAUCUUGGGUACAACGGCACCACACGGUGAUUCGAUCGAAUAUUGCGAAGGUGACUUUCUAACAGAGCAGAGGAUACAAAGCAAAAUAACGGCAGUAGUCUUGGCAAUAUUUUUUGUCUCUUUGCUCGGUGUUGGAAUGGGUCAAACAGCCGUUUACACUCUUGGCAUACCAUAUAUCGAUGAUAACGUUGCUAGCAGGGAAAGUCCCUUGUAUUUCGCAAUCACAAUCGGUGUUAGGAUUCUGGGACCGGCGUUAGGUUUCAUCCUUGGAUCACUUUGCACGAUGCUUUACGCGGAUCUAUCUGUAAAUCCACAAAUCACGCCUACUGAUCCAAGAUGGGUCGGUGCGUGGUGGCUUGGUCUGGUGCUGAUAUCCGCGAUGCUGAUGUUGGUCAGCAUAGGAAUGUUCGCCUUUCCUACGCGUUUGCCGACGAGCAGAACACCGCCGAAACGAGCGGAUGCCAAAAAACCUAGUCUAAGAGAUUUUCCAAAAGCAGUUAAAAGGCUGCUAAAGAAUGACAUCCUGAUGUUCAGGACAGCUAGCAGCGUGCUGCACAUCCUGCCAAUUGCAGGACUUUACACAUUCUUACCAAAGUACCUCGAGAGCCAAUUUCGCUUGCCAGCUCAUCAUGCUAACAUGAUAUCAGGUGUCGGUGGUAUUCUAGUUAUGGGUCUGGGUAUUAUUAUCAGCGGAGUGUUCAUUCUAAGAGCAAAACCAAACGCUAGGUUCGUUGCAGCUUGGAUAGCUUUCACAGCAGUCGUUUAUGCUAUCGGUAUGGGCGUAUUGAUGUUCAUUGGUUGUCCGAUGGACGAUUUUGCUGGUCUUGUCUCGCACUCUGAUGGAAUAUCGAGCUUCGAGCCAACCUGCGAGGCUAGCUGCGACUGCGAUCGGAACAAGUUCAGCCCGAUCUGUGGCGCGGAUGGCAAAACGUACUUCUCCGCGUGUCAUGCUGGCUGCUCGAAUUACACGAUAGCGGACGGGAAAGUGGCAUCGUUUUAUAACUGCCAGUGCAUCGGGCAGAACUUAACGAUGCCGGAAACGACGAGCACAGCGACGAUUGGUUACUGCCAAUUGGAAUGCAGUAAUUUUUGGGUCUACAUGAUUCUCUUCUCGGUGUUCGUUUUUAUUCACUCAACGAGCGAGGUUGGUUCCAUGUUACUGAUAUUACGAUGCGUGGAUCCACGGGACAAGGCCAUGGCCCUCGGUCUCAUACAAUUUGCUAUUGGCUUGUUUGGUAACGUACCAUGUCCAAUCGUAUACGGUGCUGUUGUGGAUUCAGCGUGUCUUGUGUGGGAAUACGCUUGUGGUGAACGAGGCGCCUGUUGGCUCUACGACUCAAAUGUCUUCAGGAUGUUUUAUCACGGCACGACGGGUGGAAUCCUUGUGAUGGCCUUCAUCGUGGACAUAGUUGUGUGGUACAAAGCCGGUAGUAUAAGUUUCGUUGAGGAACAGGAAUGUGAAGAUGGUACAGCCGAAGAAAUGGCCACUUUAAAGUCUCAGGACGCGCAAAACGUCGAUAAUGAUUAUCUGUGAAGGAUAUACAUACAUACAUAUAUAUAUAUAUGUAUAUAUAUAUAUAUAUGUAUAUACAUAUAUAUAUACAUAUAUAUAUACACAAAGACCCACAUAUAUAUAUAUAUAUAUAUAUAUAUUUAUAUAUAUACACGUAUAUAUGGGUAAACAUAUGUAUAUAGUCUCGAAACGAUGUAUAUAGAGGGGUACAUAAGGCGUUCUAGUGUGAAAGGUGUUCAACCCUUUAAACACGAACGAAGUCGGUGUGUGAUCGAGGUGAAUUCGCGGCUGUCGUCCUUCGAGCUGUCCUACUUGACAACGGAUUAUUCUAGUCUUUCAUCGAAAAGGACGAGUCAGCGACAAAAAAAAAAGAGAAUCCCUCAAAUUCUCUUUCUGAAGAAGAAGAAGAAGAAGAAGAAGAAGAAGAAGAAGAAGAAGAAGAAGAAGAAGAAGAAAUCCUCUCCGAGAUGAACCGGCCAACGAUUCUCGACCAACGAUUCCAAAAAUCUUCCUUUAUCUUCUUUUCUUUUUUUUUCUUUUUUUUUUUUUUUAUAUACAUAUAAAAAAAAAAAAAGGAGAACGAAUCUAAGAAACGGGAAAAGUGUUACGUAGAUCGUGAAGAUGAUUAUCCUGCGAUUUUCAAUCUUCUUUUAAAGAAAAAAAGAAAAUAAAUCAGCCAUCUUUGAAGAAAGAAGGAAGAAAAGAUUGAGUCUCGAUAAAUGAGGAAACGUACAUACAUAAUAUGUGCGAACAUACAUGAAUAAUUAAAUUACGCAGGAUAUAUUAAAUGAACGAUGGAAUGGAGAAGAUGACGAGCGCAGCGAACGACCACGUGCCAAUAUAUUAUGUUAUUAUAUAUUUCCCGCGUUUUUUUAAAGAACGUCUCGGUACAUGAACGCACGUUGUUUUAAUCAACGAUAUUUUUCAUGAUUUGCAUUUUACAAACGCACUUUUAGUACUUUCUAAAGAGAGAAAGAAAAAAAAGAAAGAAAGAAAAAAAAUUUAAUUAAAUUAAUCCUUUGCACUUCAUAAAUAGAAACCGCUAUGACGAUAUCCAUGAUAUAUCAAAUAAAAUUAAUCUUUACCUCAUACUGACCAGAUAGAUCUUUUCUUUUAUCUUUUAUUCGAUGAAAGAUAUUCUUUAAUUUUCAUCAACGGUACCCCAGAAAAAUUAAUUUAUGAAGUUGAUAAAUUAUAUUUAAAAAUUGGCUGAAAUGCAAAGGAUUAAAUUAAAUUAAAUUAGAACUGCCGAACUUAUCCUCGCAGAUUGACCCAUAUAAUAUAUUAAUCGAUAUAUUUACAAUUUAUCAACAUUUUAUGCUUCCGCCAAGUAUCAACGGAAAUUAUUAACAGACUGACGGACGUUAAGAAACGUUCGCGAAACGAAACACGGCCUAAUUGAGAAAAAAAAAAAUCUCGUAAUAUUCUCUCCUCCACCGUUUUAGUCCCCCUCGCCACGGGUGAAGAAAAAAAUUGAACAUGUGUAUAUAUAUACAUAUAUAUAUAUAUAUAUAUACAUAUGUUUA